GGGUCAGUGCAUUCCAUGCAGCGGGUAUGGAGUGAGGGGCGUGGUUGGCGUUUGCUUAGGCAAAAGCGGAGCAAUCGACGCGCUCUAUCCUCCUUCACUCAGGACUUCCUGAUCUCCCGUUCUCGUCACUGGAUUGGCCGCCAGAGGUUCGUCUACUCCCCGGGCCUGCGCGAUGCAGGACGAGAGAAGAGGAGGGUGGGCAACAUGGCGGCUACUGCGGCUGGUGUGGGCCGGCUAGAGGAAGAGGCGUUGCGGCGAAAGGAACGGCUGAAAGCCCUAAGGGAAAAAACCGGGCGCAAGGACAAGGAUGACGGGGAGCCCAAAACCAAGCAGCUCAGAGAAGGGGAGGAGGAAGGCGAGAAGCACAGGGAACUCAGGCUGCGGAACUAUGUCCCUGAGGAUGAGGACCUGAAGAGGAGGCGGGUGCCCCCGGCCAAGCCAGUCGCAGUGGAAGAGAAGGUGAAGGAGCAGCUGGAGGCCGCCAAGCCCGAGCCCAUCAUUGAGGAAGUGGACCUGGCCAACCUCGCGCCCCGAAAGCCUGACUGGGACCUCAAGAGAGACGUAGCUAAAAAGCUGGAGAAGCUAGAAAAGCGGACGCAGAGGGCCAUUGCCGAGCUGAUCCGUGAGAGGCUAAAAGGCCAGGAGGACAGCCUCGCCUCUGCAGUGGACGCUACGACGGAGCAAGAGGCCUGCGACUCCGACUGAGGCACGCCUUAUGCCCCCACCCCCACCAUCAUGCCUGUCCUGUGGGCGGGUGGCCUUGGGCAAGGGUGGGGGCUGGGCUUGCUGUUACCUCCCAUUUGGCUCCAGAACUACACUGCCCCACCAGCCAGAAACCCUUGCUUGGGGUGAGGUCAGCUCCUUGUCUCCUGAGUGGCCCUCACCAUGCCUAGAGGGACAGAGCCAACAGCAACCCCAUGGGCUUGCUGUGUCUGUACAUAUUUGUGUAAUUAGAAAUUUCUUUUAUCCCUAGAAAUAGAAGCAUGCAGACCCAUGUGUGUGGCAGAAACCUAUUAUAUAAUUUUGGGGUCCCUGGGGUACUGUGGGUUUGGGCCCCAAGACAGGGCGGCUGUGAGCUGAAGCUUCACACGAGGAAGUCCUGUGUCGGACCAGGCAUGUCGAGGCUGGAGGAGCGCAGAAGGCCCAGACCCCACCUUUUGAGUCUGGGUCCUGGUCCAGUCAGGAGGUCAUGUCAAAACCUGUGGUGACAGGGAGAGUCUGAGAGGCUUCUCUAAGCCCUCCCACAGGCCUGGGCCUUGCUGGAGUGUGUGGCCAGCCUGGAGAGGCUCCCACUCUGUGUCGGUCCUCUGUGGCUCCCCUCACAGUGUGAGAGAGAAGGGAGAGGCUGGGCAUGUGGAGGGGGUAUGCUGGGUCCUGGCAAGCCUCCCUCCCAGGUGGAGCCAGAUUCAAGGCUCCUGGCACUGUUGUGUCUCACUCUGACAACCCCCAGCGGUUCCUGUUCCUGUGUCACCGUCAGAGCUAGACUGUGGCUUCCUUGGGACGGGGCCCCUGCACCGGGGGGUGGGGGGUGGCUCCUAGAGACUAGGGUAUUAGAGCCUGGUUUUGGGGGUGGUCUUGGGCCCUAGGUCCCCAGGGUCCUGGCAUUGGGACCAUGAGCCUCGUCUGUGGACCUGACUAUCCGGAGUGACUGGCCACAGUGCUGAGUCCAGGUCCCCAUGGCCAACUAGAGUUUCAUCUCCAAAGUGAUAACACGCUUGAGCUGCCUGCAGGGUUUCCCCUCGUUUGUCCCACCCCCAGUCAAUGUCCUCCCAGUGCAUCCUGCCCUCUGCUGAGUUGGAGGAACAUUGGCCUGACUCUGGUGGACAGUGCCAAAGACCCAGGUCACAGAACUGAAGUGAGUGCAUGUGCCCCGACACCAGCACGUUCAUACAAUGAAGCAGAUUCUUUCAUCUAAAAACUACUCUGAGGAGGUAACCUGUACAGGAAGGGAGCAGGUCUGAUGGAGGGCCAAAGCAGUAGGUGGCUCGGUGAGCAGCGGACAGGCCCAGGACUCUGGUUCCCAAGCAAGCCGGGGUCACACCUGCCCAUGGGCGGCAUGGCUGGAGCCAGACUCCCUCUGCCUCAUGGCAUCUGGGACCGGCCUUCCCUUCCUGGGAAUAAAGGACGAGAAGGUGCCUCCAGGCCUAGGACUGUUGUACAAGCAGGGUGCUGGUCUGUGGCAGCGUAUGCCUCAGACUCCCAGCGAGGCUCCCACUCUCUUGAUGGUGCUGGGACUAGCAUGUGGCCGGCCCCACAGAGUGGGAACCCUGAGAGCUGAGGAAAGGUUUGCUUCUGCAUUUACAGCUCUGUAUGACUACAGAAAAUCGGCAUGCACGGAGAGGGCAAAACCAACACCAUCACGCAUGACGGGUGCAUGAACAAAAGUUACAGAAUAUGUGAGGAGACCGGUGCCUUGAAGAAGGGGUACCACCCCACCAGGUGGAAGAGUUGAUCCCCAAGGAACUGAUACCAUGACCUCCUUACAGACUUUAAAAUGAAUGUUGGUUUUCUCGCCGGAGAUAAAAGAGGCACCCAGCUUCCCUAACUCAGGAACUUAGGUAGGAGGAAGAUCUGGGUGGUAAUCUUGGAAACAAAGAAAGUCUAUUAAAAUAAAUGACACACACAGACACACACGCAUACGUACGCGCGCACACACACACACACACACCAUAAGCAACUCACUGGAGGAGCUAAGUAAUAACAAUCGGAGGAGGGAUUAAUCAGUUUAAAGUUAGGCGGAAGCCCUAGAAGGCGGCAGUGAGAGCAGGUAGCUUGGCAAGUGGACAUAACUGCCAGGUGUCUGUGAGCGGAUGGGAGAUCGGGAAAAGAAAACCAGAGAAAGAAGGAAUGGCUGACCGCUUCUGUCUCUGGCAUCCUGGGACUGCAGUGGCCCGAACUGAUCCUCCCUUUGCAAACAGCUAAAAAUACUAGGUAAAUAAAUAGUUACAACAAAUACUUUUAAAGGCCUCAGUGACCAGACAAGAAAGUAGAAAACACUCAAGCAAGAGGGUAGGAGAAGCAGCAGAAUGCUUAAGUCUGACCUCUGACUUGAAGGUAUGUGACAAGCGAGGUGAAACAGCAUUGGUUUUUGGGGUGCUCGGUGCCUGGGGCCAAGACAACUCACUACCUGUGCAUAAUGAGGGGCCUGGUACGAGAACCCUCCAGAAGGCUGGGGCUGCAAAGGGCAGAGCCCUCUGUGAACUAAUAAUAGAUCCGCUCCCUUGGCAUCCCAGAGGAAAACUGAUUCUUGGCACUGACUGGAAUGAAGAAAGGUCUCCUUUGAGAACUGAGCCGGCCCCCACAUGGGUUUGCAUGUGAGAAACCUCAAGCCAAGAAACAGAUCGAUAACCUAAAAUGAGAAGCUAAGAGAUACGGAGGAUAGAGUGAGAAGAGCUACAUAACAUGUGAUUAGAGUUCCAGGAGAGAAAAAAGGCAAAAAGGAGGCGGAUGUUAUAUAUAUAUACACACCUAUAUGUGUAUAUAUAUAUAUAUUUAUAUUUAUUUUAAUGGCUGGAAACAACUCUUCAAAAUCACCAAUCCAAGGAGGUCAGCAUAUCUCAAGCAAGGCAACAAAAGGAAAUCAACACUCGAGAGAAGUCAUAUCUCGGUAUGGAUGGUGAUUAAUUAGGUAUAGUCACUUUUUGACUACUCAUGACCCAAACACAUUUGUGCAUUUUUUGUAUGUUUAUUACACCUUAGUAAGCAAGUUCACAUAAAACUUUUUCAUAUCUUAAUCAUCAAUUCCUGCUUCGAAUUCCAUACAAAACUCAGUGGCCUAAAACAGACCUUUAGUAUUGGACCGUUUCUGCGGGUCAGGAAUGCAGGAGUGGCUUACCUGGGCAGUUGUAGUUUGGGGUCUCUGAGAUCGUGGUCAAGAUGUUCCCAGGCUGCAGUCAUCUGAAAGCUUGGCCAGGGCUGGAGGCUGUGCUUCCAGGAUGCUGUCCACUGCCAGGAAGGCUCAUAGAAGCCCGGUGUACACGGAGCCCUUGCCACAUGGCUCUCUCCAUAAGGCUUUUGUGAGUGUUUGUGUGUGUGUGUGUGCGUGUGUGCGCACACACGCUGUGGCAGCCGGCUUUCCCCAGAAUGAUCAAGCCAAGACAGAAAGUAGGGGGAAAGUAGGGCCUUUUAUGACCUGGGCUUGGAAAUGAUACUCUGCCACGCUAUAUUGUUAGAAGCAAGUCACUACAUCCAAUGACUUGGGAAAUUAAGUCCAGCCUACACUCAAAGGAGAAUUCGGUUCUACAUCGGGAAGGGAGGUCUAAGAAUUUGUGGGCGUAUUUCAAAACCACUGCAUACCUAGAGAGUUAAGUGCAAUAAGUUGGUAAAACAAAAAGGGCAAGAAAAGAUGUUAAAAUUAGAAAAGAUAACAUUACCCUUUAAGGAGCAAGACAGCAGAUGUCUCAGCCGCAGCCGGUGGUAACUAGAGGGAUACCUGCCUGUAUUAGCGUUAACUAGACGAAAGAAAGUUGUCAACCUACAGUUCUAUACCCAGAGAAAAUACCUUACAAGGUAUUUUUAGACAAACCCAGAGAUUUUGUCACCAGCAGACUCACAUGGAAAGAAAGUCUGUUUUGGGGGUAAUGAAAAUACUGCACAAUGGAUUGCAGUGGGUGGUUUCACAAAUCAAUGGAUAUGCUAAAAGCUGUUGAAUUUGUACACUUUGAGUGGGCAAAGUGUAGGCGAUGUAUAUUCUCACUAAAGCUGUUCUUAAAAAAUGAAAUAAAUAAGCAUUCUCCUUUUUUAAUUUUAA